GAUGAGGUCAUCGGAGUAAACAGAAAAGAUGGCGACGCCAUACACGGGAGAUCGAGUUUUAGGGACAAAUACGGAUAUUUCCGAGAGUUUCGCUAAGCAGUUAACCGAUUUACCAGCCGAAUUAUUAGAGCAAAUAUUGUGCUUUCCCGUUCUAAACCAUAUCGACAUUAGCAACGUUUCCUGCACGUGCAAGAGGCUGCAUGACGUGUGCCAUGGCAGAGGAAAGGUCUGGGCGCAUCAGUACAAACUCAGGUGGCCCAGGCUGCAGAGAUUUUAUCGGCAUAAUGAGUCAUACGAUUGGCUAAAGGAAUUUAAGAGCCGGGACAUGGUUGGUCAACAGAUCAGAAGAACAGUAGAGUCUAUUUCCAAGAGGUUCUUCACAGAAGUUCCUUGCGUUGGUCAGGUUCUUGGAGACAGCUUUGCAGAAAUCGAGUCUCUUGGUGCCCCGGAACACUUCUGUGAGGAUGAGCUGCUUGGGAUUUUGAACUCCGAGAAAAGGAAAAGUUUGACCCUUAAGUACUAUGCAAAGAAAAUCCUGUACUUCCUCCGGCAGCAGAACAUUUUGAGGAAUUUGAAGGUUUUCUUCGAGCGACUACCAGAACAGCAAUCAGCCCUGGAAGGUGCUGUUUUGGUCGACCAGUAUUGCAACCCUUUGACUGAUUUUACCCUUGAGAGCAUUUCUGCACAGAUAGAAGAAAUCACAGACAAGGUGAAGAAGCAUCUGCGAGUAAAAAACGCCACACACCCAAUUCUACGAGCCAGUCAAGGUGAAUGCUUCGUUCUGGAAGACUUGGAGUUUCAAAGGCAAGUCAUAUGCGCUCUGAACGCUGUUCUAUAUGACCAGCUACAGUACAAGGGCAAUGACCGGGACUACUACAAUCCGCUCAACUCAUACAUACAUCAGGUGCUGGUCCGUCGUACAGGCAUUCCCAUCAGCCUCUCUGUGCUCUACAUGACUCUGGCCAGGAAUUUAGGAGUUCCUCUGGAGCCUGUCAACUUCCCCAACCAUUUCCUGCUCCGCUGGUGCCAAAAUCAAAGCAGGAGUGGCGACAUCUACGACUAUGUGUACAUUGACGCGUUUGGAAAUGGAAAGCAGCUGGCUGCUAAAGAGUGUGAGUAUCUGAUCCGACACCAGGUGACAGCAGAUUACUACAGCGCUAUAAGCACCAGCGAGCUGCUGCUGAGGAUGGUGGGAAACCUGCUUAACAUUGGCAAGAGAGGGGAAGGGAAUGAGAAAUCAUAUCAGCUCCUGCGGGACUCUCUGGAUCUCUAUCUCACCAUUAACCCUGAUAACGUGCAGUAUCUUCUGCUGCAAGCCCGCCUCUACUUCCAUCUGGGCAUCUGGCCUGAGAAAGUGUUGGAUAUUCUGCAGCACAUUCAGGCUCUGGACCCAUCGCAGCACGGGGCGGUCGGGUAUCUGGUGCAGCAUACGCUCGAGCACAUCCAGCAUAAGAGACAUCCAGAAGAGCCGGAGGUGAAGAGACGCAGCGCGCCGGAGCACAGGGACGUACAGUACUCUGUAGGCCUCGUCAUGAAACAUAAGAGGUCAGGCUACAACUGUGUUAUCUAUGGAUGGGACCCUAAAUGCACCAUGAGUCAGGAGUGGAUUAACACCAUGAGGGUCCAUCAACUGUCUAAGGGGGCUGAUCAGCCAUUUUACAACGUCCUGGUGCAGGACGGGACCUGCAGAUACGCUGCGCAAGAGAAUCUGGAGCCUCACUCUGCCCCGCUGGAGAUCGCUCACCCCGAGGUCGGCCGCUACUUCUCGGAGUUUUCUGACACACACUACAUCGCUAAUGAAGAGCUCCAGGCGCGUUACCCAGAGGACAUGUGCAAGACCCACAGGACUGUAGAGGAGCUUUACCACGGCCUCAACCCAAACUCAGGCCAACCAUCCGAGCCAACCGCCAACUUCCAGGACCAUGAUUUAUUAGAUCCGUAGACCAGAAUGCCACCUCUUUCCCUCCCUCCCCACUUUACAUGCGAAAAGUCACUCAAUUUUGUCCUGUACUAUUACAGGAAGUUGCUCGAUACAACUGACAAUGGACCGAAUUUGAUGUUUGGAGUUCUUGUUAAGGCCAAACCCAGUAGUUUUUGUUUAAUUCAUUUCCUUUGUACAACAUCCUGGUCCUAGAUCGGUUUUACAGGCAACUUUGACCCAGAGCUGAAAAUGUAGUCUGAAAGAAACUACAUAUGUUGUAUAAUUUGAGACGUUGAGUACAGAUGAUGUGGUCGAGUUACAGUAUUUGUGGAUACGAAACAUACUCUGGAUAAUAUAUAUAAAGAUUAUAUGAAGUUACUCUACAGGAGGGUCUGAACAUCUGUACAGUAAAUGUGUUGAUCAGCUUCGGGCCUGUCUAUUAUGUCGUCAUUCAACACAUCCCUCUAAACUAAUGCACUAAUUUCAUAUAAUAUGUUAACAAACAUGCACUUGACAUGAAGUAAAAUGUCUAACACUGUCACCUUGAAAUAUUUUGUAAUGUUUACUUCAAAGUUAUUUAAAAACAAGACCUAGAGAACAAGGGCUCAACGAAUUCUUGGCCCAUACAAAAGUAUUGAGAAUAUAAGAAUGAAUCACAAUAAAAAAUAAAAAAAAGAAUCUCCA